AUGCCCCGCCAAUCCAGGUCCUCCGGCCGCUCGGCCCCCUCCCGGCCCAUGGUGCCCGCCCGCUCGGCGCCCGCCCCGACCCAGCAGCAGCAGACCCGGCCGGCCACCACCUACGCCGCGCCCCACGGCGCCGCCGGUUCCGCUGCCCCCCAGGCCCCGACCGCCGCCGCCGGCUCCCAGGGCCCCGGCCUCAUGGGCCAGAUGGCCAGCACCGCUGCCGGCGUCGCAAUCGGCUCAACAAUCGGCAACAUGGUCGGCAACAGCCUGGGCGGGCUGUUCGGCGGCGGCUCGUCGGCGGAGCCCUCGCAGGCGACCCAGGCGCAGGCCGCGCAGACCAGCAACAACAGCUCGUGGGGCAACAACUGCGCGGGGGCGACGGAGCAGUUCACCAAGUGCAUGGACGAGCAGAGCGGCAACAUGCAGAUCUGCGGGUGGUAUCUGGAGCAGCUGAAAGCUUGCCAGGCUGCGGCUAGCCAGUACUAA